AUCUCUCCUUGUUCCGAAUCUCAUCCGUUGUUUCCUUGUCUGGUGCUUUGAGAAAUAGCAGACCCAGCGUUAUCCAGGCUAUGGAAAGUCCCGGGAUGGAGCCCUUUGUGGAUGUGGACCAAGGCAUCUGCCUCGCCUUCCUCUCCCUGAUGGGUCUCUUCCUGCUGGCCAUGAUGGUGAGGUGCGCCAAGCUGAUCGUGGAUCCUUAUAAGGCCAUCCCCACCUCCACCUGGCAGGAGGAGCCCUUGGACUGAUGGCCUCGCGGCAAGUCCAGGAAGGUGGAAAAGAA